CGGCAACCAACAAGUUUCUUAAACUUUCUAUCUCUCGGCAACUCUUAGUUUUGAUGGAAAUUUCAUAGCAUCUUUCUUGGUUCCAAGGAAGUUUCGUCCUUUUUUCCACAUUUUAGGUAUUUGUAUUGAGUACACAAACGUAAUCUCCUCCACCGUUGGAUUACAUUCUCAUCUCCUCCGGCAAGGGAAUUGUAAUUUCCUCUUCAGAUCCGAAAGGAAAAAAUGGAAAGCAAGGCAGUAAUUGUUGCUAAAGCCAUCAGUGGUGAUUCCUCAUCUCUCAAAUCUCUAUUUCUCAGAAACUUCUGGGUUUAGAUGAAAAUUUCGUAGCAUCUUCUUGAUGGAAACCUCUUUCCACAUCGUAGAUUAUUCCCAAGGAAAAAUGGAAAGCAACCCAGUGACUACUGCUAAAUCCACCACUGGUGAUUCCUCGUCGCCUUCGCCGGUUGACAUUUUCGAUGGAAAUUCCUCUCUGCAGAAAAAAAAAAACACACCCGUGACUACCGCUGAAGCCACCAAUGGUGAUUUCUUAUUUCCGGUUGUAAGGGCGGACAAAAGACUGAAAAUGGAAAAAACACCUGUGAAUGAAGCCACCAGCGGCAAUUUCUCAUGGCCAUGGGUUGAUAGUGACUCCUCUGUCAUGGAGGAG